UUGGCCCUGGCAAGAUGACGGGCCCGCUGUUCAUGGGCAACGCUUUCACGUUCGCGCUGGCCUCGUUGAUCGGCUACCGCGUCGUCUGGGGCGUCACGCCCGCGCUUCACUCGCCCCUCAUGAGCGUCACCAACGCCAUUUCAGGCAUGGUCGGUAUCGGCGGCCUCUUCAUCCUAGGCGGAGGCUACCUCCCCCAAACGAUCCCCCAAGCCCUCGGCGCCGCCUCCGUCCUCCUCGCCUUCGUCAACGUCUCGGGCGGCUUCGUCCUCACAAAGCGCAUGCUCGACAUGUUCAAACGCCCCACCGAUCCCCCCGAAUACCCCUGGCUCUACGCCGUGCCGGCAGCCCUCUUUGGUGGCGGCUACAUCGCCGCCGCCGCCACCGGCGCAGCGGGCCUCGUGCAAGCCGGCUACGCCGUCUCCUCCGUCCUCUGCAUCAGCUCCCUCUCCAGCCUCGCCUCCCAGGCCACCGCCCGCAUGGGCAACAUGCUCGGCAUGCUCGGCGUCGGCUCCGGCGUGCUGGCUUCCUUACUGGCCGUCGGCUUCUCCCCAGAGGUCCUCACGCAGUUCGCCGGUCUCGCGGCCCUGGGCGGCAUCGCAGGCCUCGUCAUCGGCAAACGCAUCACGCCCACAGACCUCCCGCAGACCGUGGCCGCGCUCCACUCCGUCGUCGGCCUCGCCGCCGUGCUGACCUCCAUCGGCAGCGUCAUGGCGCACAUUGACGACAUCUCCACGCUGCACCUCGUCACGGGCUACCUCGGCGUCCUCAUCGGCGGCAUCACCUUCACCGGCUCCAUCGUCGCCUUCCUCAAGCUCGCCGGCAGAAUGUCCUCCAAACCCCUCGUCCUCCCCGGGAAACACCUGCUCAACUCGGGCAUGCUGGCCGCCAACAUCGGCACCAUGGGCGCCUUCGUCACCCUCGCCCCCGGGUCCCCCAUGAUCGCCGCCAUGGCCCUCUCCGCCAACACAAUCCUCUCCUUCGCAAAGGGCUACACCACCACGGCCGCCAUCGGCGGCGCAGACAUGCCCGUCGUCAUCACCGUGCUCAACGCCUACUCGGGUUUCGCCCUCGUCGCCGAAGGCUUCAUGCUCGACAACCCCCUCCUCACGACCGUCGGCGCCUUAAUCGGCGUCUCCGGCUCCAUCCUCUCGUACAUAAUGUGCGUCGCCAUGAACCGCUCCCUCACAAACGUCCUCUUCGGCGGCAUCGCCUCCACCCCGGCCCAAACAGACUACAAAAUGGAAGGCGUCGUGACGCAGACAAACGUAGAAGACACGGCCGAGGCGCUCGUCAACGCCGAAAACGUAAUCAUCGUCGUCGGCUACGGCAUGGCCGUCGCGAAAGCGCAGUACGCCAUCAGCGAGAUCACGGGCAUGCUCCGGUCCAAGGGCAUCAACGUCCGCUUCGCCAUCCACCCCGUGGCCGGCCGCAUGCCGGGCCAGUGCAACGUGCUCCUGGCGGAGGCGAGCGUGCCGUACGAUAUCGUGCUCGAGAUGGACGAGAUCAAUGACGACUUCGGCGAGACGGACGUCACGCUCGUGAUUGGCGCCAACGAUACGGUGAAUCCCAUCGCGCUGGAGCCCGGUAGCCCGAUUGCGGGUAUGCCUGUGCUGCAGGCGUGGAAGAGCAAGCAGGUUAUUGUGAUGAAGAGGGGUAUGGCCAGUGGAUAUGCCGACGUACCGAAUCCCAUGUUCUACAUGCCCGGAACACGCAUGUUGUUUGGAGACGCCAAAGUGACUUGCGACGGUUCGUGCCCCCUUUACGUUCCUCACUCAUUGACCAGACACAGAAAACUGACCAUGAACUCUGUGAUGUAGCAAUCAAAGCAGCCGUCGAGACCCGAGCAACAUAGAUUCUAGAGAGAUCUCCGUAUCGCACAAUCAUAAGACACCUCCGGCCGGCACCCCAUGUUUUUGGGAACUCAGGAAGCAUCUGAUCUUUUCCCUAGAGGCGCUGCAUCUACAAAGGAGCUCUCCAUCAUGAACAACAUAUCUCUUAGCUAUACUGCUUGACCCCCUUUUCUUCUUUU